CAGAAGGAAGAGGAGGGCAGGUAGCAGGCGGGCCGCGACAUGGGCCGGAGCCGGCGGUCGCAGCUGCUGCUGCCAUGGCUGCUGCUCCUAGCGCUAGGCGCGCACGGCGGCCGCGGCGAGCUGAGCGACUUCGUGAGCCGCUUCGAGCGAGUUCGCAUGCAGGCGUUCAGCGUGCCGCCCACCCGCAGCGUAGACGCCAUGGACGUGGCAGCCGACGCGCAGGGCGGCUACCGGGUCUCGUUCGAGGCCUACGGCCAGCACUUCAACCUGUCGCUCGCCGAGGACCCGCGCCACGUGAAUCGCAUCCCGGUGUUCGUGCACAACACGAGCGGCGUGUCGCGAGUCGCGUACGAGGCCGACUACAGCCUCUACAUCGGCCGGCUCGAGGACAACCCGCGCUCGGAGGUGAUGGGCUACUUCCGCGACGGCGUCUUCGACGGCGUCAUACGCACCGAGAACAACGUGUACUUCGUCGAGCCCGCGGACAACUUCUUCCUGGAGAAGCAGAACUACGACGCUGUCGUCUACUCCGGCAUGGAGGUGAUGGCGCCCGACUGCGUCACCAUGCGCGGAGGCGUGCGCGCCUGCUUCCAGAACACGACGCGCGCCGUCGGCCCCUCAAAGCAGCUGCAGCGGCUGUCGGCCGAAGAAGACUUGCUGACACGCAUGAGCGCGCAGAGGAUGCGCUCGUCCGGCGGCACGUCGUCAGGCCUGCGCGUCUGCGGCAUCGAGCUGCUGGCCGACCACUCGUUCUUCCGCUCGCGCAACCGCAACGUGAACCUGGUGGUGCAGGAGAUGAUCCUGCACCUGCACUACGCCGACCUGGUGUUCCGCAACACCGACUUCCAGCUGCCAUUCCGAGUGGGCCUCAUACCCGAGAAGGUGACCAUCUUCGCCGAGCCAAGCAGCAAGGGCUACCCGCUGGGCCAGGAAGACCUGUCGGCCAAGGACUACCUGGCCAGCUUCUCGUUCUACGUGCAGCGCCACUGCCUCGUCGUGGGCUUCUCCCACCGGCCCUUCGAGAGCAACACGCUGGGCAUCUCGUUCGUGGCGAACCCGGACCCCGAGGGCCCGGUGGGUGGCAUCUGCGAGCUGCCCAUGCGCUUCAUCGACCAGGACACCAUACACAGCUUCAACAUCGCCUCCAUCACGACGAGCACGUCUAACCGCAAGCGAGUCCCGCACGGAGUCUCGUUCGGCACGGUGACGCACGAGAUCGGCCACAGCUUCGGCUCGCCGCACGACCCCGCCGCCGACCCGGCCUGUCACCCGAUCGGCAAGUCGGGCUUCUUCAUCAUGGUCAAGUACUCCGUGGACGGCUCCCUGCCGAACCACCGCGCCUUCUCGCCCUGCUCGGUGCGCGACAUGCGCAAGGUGCUGCGCGCCAAGGGCACCUGCCUGGCCGAAGACGGCGCGCGCUGCGGCAACGGCAUCAUCGAGCCCGGCGAGGAGUGCGACUGCGGCUCGGAGGCCACCUGCGACACGCUGGACCCGUGCUGCUCGCCCGCGCCGUCGGGCCCGCAGCUUCACGAGGCGCUGCUGCCCCCGCAGCGGGACCUGCCGUGCACGGUGCGCCGCGCCGGCGGGUCCACCUGCUCGCCGCGGUCGUCGGCCUGCUGCAGCGACCAGUGCGGCGCCACGCUGCUGCGCGCCGCGUCCAACGCGUCGUGCCGCCCGUUCGACGAGUGCAUGGCGUCCGGCAUGUGCGACGACAAGGGCGUCUGCCGCCCGCUCACGGCGCGCGCCGACGGCUACCCGUGCCGCGGCACCAAGAAGACCUGCCGCCACGGCAAGUGCCAGUCGACGCCCUGCCAGGACCGGGGCCUGCUCGACUGCGUGUGCGUGGACGAGGGCCGGUUCGGCAACGACGAGUGCCACAUCUGCUGCCGCAACGGCUCGCGCGGCGCCUGCCUGCCCGCCAUCGAGCACGGCCUCAAGUCGCUCGACGGCCGCCUGUUCGUGCAGCGCUCCGACUUCUUCUGCCACGGCCGGCGCGGACAGUGCGACGGCUUCGGCAUGUGCAUCGUGUCGCCCACCAUAUCGCACAGCAGCAGCAAGUCGGCCGCAGCGAUGUUGCUGCUGCCGAGCACGAACUUCGUGCUGUUGCUGCUGCUGCUGCUGCGGCCGCCGCUGCUGUUGCGCAGGCAAUAAAAAUUCUUGGC